AUGGACUGGACAAGAAAACUCAAAACCAAAUGCCUCAAGCUGAUCAACGCCAACAAAGAGGAACCUACCCCCGAAGAUCUAAUUCCUCUAGUAGAAAUUCUACCCCGCCAACCAAAACCCAAGCCCGAGGCCCGCAUUGCGGGCAACUCAAGGCUCCCCAGAUCCGGGGGUCCCCGCAGCAGACCGGGACCCCCCAAAAAGGGUCAUCGCCGCUAUAAAUUUGGCGAUCUGGAGAAAAGGGAGACGACCGACGAAGACGAGGGCCAAAACCAGGAAGAAGAGGAGGAGGAUGACGGGCACGAGGCGGAGAUGGAUGCUAUUAGCAUCGUGCAUAUGUUGGAUGAUGAGGUCCCUGGAAAGGGGAGCGCAGCGGAGUAG